CCGCCGCUCAAGAAGUGGAAUUUCCUCGGGACUGGCGAUCUCCCCUCUCUCCGGGGUUCCGCCUCUCCGCUGGGUGGUGAGGUCCUCGAGGCUGGCUCCGAGGGGUCGCGGGAUCGAGGCUGGGCACCGAGCGAGGGGCAGGCGAGGCCCGGAGUCGGGGCUCGGGGGGCAACUCCCCGCGCGUCUGUGGAGUCUCUUCAGCGUGGCUUGGUCUCUGCUGCGGCCCCCCGAGGCAUCCGCGACCUUUCCCACUGGCCGCUGGCCCCUGGGCGGCCAGCAGACGGGCUUCCCCGCAGCCCCCGCUUCUGAGGGAGGACCCUUCGGAGAGGCGUCGCUCCGGCUCCCCACCCACUUCCCCACCCCGGCGCGCCGGAGCGGUCUGUCAUGAGCCCGGCGUGAACUAGUGCUGCAUCCUGACUUGAACCCAGCCGAAAGUGCUUGCUUGCCAUCAUGGGGAAUCAGCUGGCCGGCAUUGCUCCCUCCCAGAUCCUUUCUGUGGAAAGCUACUUUUCAGACAUCCACGACUUUGAGUAUGACAAGAGCCUGGGAAGCACUCGUUUUUUUAAAGUUGCUCGAGCAAAGCACCGUGAAGGCCUGGUGGUGGUCAAGGUCUUUGCCAUUCAGGAUCCCACGUUGCCUUUGACUAGCUACAAACAAGAGCUGGAGGAACUGAAAAUCAGGCUGAAUUCUGCACAGAACUGCCUUCCUUUCCAGAAAGCAGCGGAGAAGGCCUCAGAGAAAGCAGCCAUGCUCUUUCGGCAGUAUGUUCGAGACAACCUCUAUGAUCGCAUCAGCACGCGCCCCUUCUUAAAUAACAUUGAGAAGCGCUGGAUUGCUUUCCAGGUUCUCACAGCCGUGGACCAAGCACAUAAAUCGGGUGUCCGUCACGGGGACAUCAAGACCGAGAACGUGAUGGUCACCAGUUGGAAUUGGGUUCUUCUAACGGAUUUUGCCAGUUUCAAACCCACUUACCUUCCAGAGGACAACCCAGCAGAUUUCAACUAUUUCUUUGAUACUUCCCGGAGGAGAACGUGCUAUAUCGCCCCUGAACGUUUUGUUGAUGGUGGGAUGUUUGCCACUGAGUUGGAAUACAUGCGAGACCCCUCAACGCCACUCGUAGACUUAAAUAGCAAUCAGCGAACGCGGGGAGAGUUGAAGAGGGCGAUGGACAUUUUUUCAGCAGGUUGUGUGAUAGCUGAGCUUUUUACAGAAGGUGUACCACUAUUUGAUCUCUCUCAGCUUUUGGCCUAUCGAAAUGGACAUUUUUUCCCUGAACAAGUGCUAAAUAAAAUAGAAGAUCACAGUAUCAGAGAAUUGGUAACUCAGAUGAUUCACCGAGAGCCAGAGAAACGAUUAGAGGCAGAAGAAUACUUAAAGCAACAGCGUGGCAAUGCCUUUCCUGAAAUAUUCUACACUUUCCUUCAGCCCUACAUGGCCCAGUUUGCCAAGGAAACCUUCCUGUCUGCAGAUGAGCGCAUUCUGGUUAUUCGGAAGGAUUUGGGCAACAUUAUUCACAAUCUCUGUGGACGUGAACCACCAGAAAAAGGAGAGGGCGAGCCUAAGGAAAAUGGACUGGUUAUUUUGGUGUCCGUUAUAACGUCUUGCCUGCAGACCCUUAAGUACUGUGAUUCCAAACUUGCUGCUUUGGAACUUAUUCUCCAUUUAGCCCCCAGAUUAAGUGUAGAAAUCCUUUUGGAUCGUAUUACUCCGUAUCUCUUGCAUUUCAGCAAUGACUCUGUUCCCAGAGUGAGGGCCGAAGCCUUGAGGACAUUGACCAAAGUUCUUGCUCUUGUCAAAGAGGUUCCUCGCAACGAUAUCAAUAUCUAUCCGGAGUAUAUUCUGCCAGGCAUUGCCCAUUUAGCCCAAGAUGAUGCGACUAUUGUUAGACUAGCCUAUGCUGAAAACAUAGCGCUCUUGGCAGAAACAGCUCUGAGAUUCCUGGAAUUAGUGCAGUUAAAGAAUCUGAAUAUGGAAAAUGACCCAAAUAGUGAAGAAAUAGAUGAGGUUACCCAUCCUAAUGGAAAUUAUGACACAGAGCUCCAAGCCCUACAUGAAAUGGUCCAGCAGAAAGUUGUCACUCUGCUAAGUGAUCCUGAAAACAUCGUGAAACAAACCCUGAUGGAAAAUGGAAUAACACGGCUUUGUGUGUUCUUUGGGCGCCAGAAAGCAAAUGACGUGUUACUGUCUCACAUGAUCACAUUCCUCAAUGAUAAGAAUGAUUGGCACUUGCGUGGAGCUUUUUUUGAUAGCAUAGUUGGUGUUGCUGCCUAUGUUGGCUGGCAGAGUUCCUCAAUCCUCAAGCCCCUGCUGCAACAAGGACUUAGCGAUGCGGAAGAAUUUGUUAUUGUUAAGGCACUCAAUGCCCUUACGUGCAUGUGCCAGCUAGGUCUGCUGCAGAAACCUCAUGUGUACGAAUUUGCCAGCGAUAUUGCCCCCUUCCUGUGUCAUCCCAACCUCUGGAUCCGCUAUGGUGCCGUGGGCUUCCUCACAGUGUUAGCCCAUCAAAUAAGCACGGCUGAUGUCUACUGCAAACUGAUGCCUUACCUUGACCCCUACAUCACCCACCCAAUAAUACAGAUUGAGAGAAAGCUUGUCCUGCUCAGUGUUCUGAAAGAGCCAGUGAGUCGCUCUAUCUUUGACUACGCGCUGAGGGCUAAAGACAUCGCCAGCUUGUUCAGACAUCUGCGUAUGCGGCAGAAGAAGCGAAGUGGGGCGAUUGCGGACUGCCUUCCGCCCGAGGACCCUGCCAUUGCACAGCUUCUGAAGAAGCUCCUCUCUCAGGGAAUGACCGAGGAAGAGGAAGAUAAACUUCUGGCACUGAAAGACUUCAUGAUGAAGUCUAACAAAGCAAAGGCCAAUAUCGUGGACCAGAGCCAUCUCCAUGAUAGUAGCCAGAAAGGUGUGAUUGAUUUGGCCGCCUUCGGCAUAACUGGGAGACAAGUGGAUCUUGUUAAAACCAAACAGGAGCCAGAUGAGAAGCGUGCUAGAAAGCAUGUCAAACAAGACUCGAAUGUGAAUGAAGAAUGGAAAAGCAUGUUUGGGUCCCUGGAACCAGCGAACAUCCCACAGGCCCCACCUAAAGGGGGUGACCAGGACGUGACUCAGACUGGGAAGCCGUCUCGAUCCGAGUCCUCUGCUGGCAUUGGUGUCCCCUUGUCAACUUCUCCACAGGUUACAGAAGCGACUACUGUCCAAAGUAGAAAGCCAACCAUACAGGUGUUAAGCAGCACGGUUUUACCGUCCACCUACCAGAUCCGGAUCACAGCAUGUAAGACGGACCUUCAGCAGCUCAUGCAGCAGAAGCGGGAGCAGUGCAACGCCGAGCGCAUCGCCAAGCAGAUGAUGGAAAACGCUGAGUGGGAGAGCAAACCACCGCCUCCUGGGUGGCGUCCCAAAGGGUUGCUGGUUGCACAUCUUCAUGAACACAAGUCUGCUGUGAAUCGAAUUAGAGUUUCUGAUGAACACUCACUCUUUGCAACCUGUUCAAAUGACGGCACGGUGAAGGUCUGGAACAGUCAAAAGAUGGAAGGGAAGACCACCACUACCAGAUCUAUUCUGACAUACAGCCGGAUUGGGGGCCCUGUCAAGACGCUCACUUUCUGCCAGGGCUCCCACUACUUAGCCAUCGCAUCGGACAAUGGCGCCGUCCAGCUUCUCGGGAUCGAGGCUUCCAAGCUUCCCAAGUCUCCUAAAAUUCAUCCCAUCCAAAGCAGAACUCUGGAUCAGAAGGAGGACGGCUGCGUCGUGGACAUGCAUCACUUCAACUCUGGGGCGCAGUCGGUUCUAGCUUACGCCACAGUGAACGGCUCCCUGGUUGGCUGGGACCUGCGGUCUUCAAGCGAUGCGUGGGUGUUAAAGCACGAUUUGAAGUUGGGCCUCAUCACUUCCUUUGCUGUGGACAUCCACCAGUGCUGGCUCUGCAUUGGUACCAGCAGUGGGACCAUGGCCUGUUGGGACAUGAGGUUCCAGUUGCCAAUUUCCAGUCACUGUCACCCUUCCAGGGCUCGGAUCAGGCGACUCUCAAUGCACCCCCUGAACCAGUCCUGGGUGAUUGCAGCUGCCCAGGGCAACAACGAAGUGUCCAUGUGGGACAUGGAGACCGGCGACAGAAGAUAUUUUUAUUGGUGUCUGUUGUUUGACCACCUGCCUGUUUCUCUGCAGCCCUCUUCCCAUAGUGUUCAUGGCAUCUACUGCAGCCCCGCAGAGGGGAAUCCGAUCCUGCUCACCGCUGGCUCAGACAUGAAAAUAAGGUUUUGGGACCUGGCUUACCCAGAGCGGUCCUACGUUGUGGCGGGAAGUAUGAGCACCCCAUCCGUGUCCUACUACAGGAAGAUCAUCGAAGGCACCGAGGUUAUCCAGGAAAUUCAGAAUAAGCAGAAGGUGGGACCCAGUGACGACACCCCUCGGAAGGGCCCCGAGUGUCUGCCUGUGGGACACCAUGACAUCAUCACAGAUGUCGCCACGUUCCAGACAACCCAGGGCUUCAUCGUUACUGCUUCCAGGGACGGGAUCGUCAAGGUGUGGAAGUAAAACGCUCAUUUGUAUUCUUUGUAAAAAAAAAGUUAUAAAUAUACUAAACUUAAGAGAAAAGGUAUUUCUAGAGAACUGAACAGGUUUUUUUUUUUUUUUUUUUUGGUUUAAUUUUCAGAAUCAUGUCUCUAUAUUACUGAUUCAUGAUUAAAUAAAUCCCACCCAAGGUGGCGAAGGAAGUACUUGACUAGCAUCCCUAUGUAUAUCUCUGUAGGACUGUGUAUUGUCUCUGUCACAGAGGUGAGAGAUUUCAAAUGCUAAGGCAUGUAUGUAUGAUCUCAGAUUACUUUGUAUUAUGAAUAAGACGGUUGGGAUGAUAGCUGUACACUAUUAUAAUGUAAACACAGUUUUGCUAUUAAAAUGCUAUUCGAGCCAGCCAAUAAACUAUAUUCAAGCA